AUGUCUUUUCCAUCACUUCUCAAACAUUUCGGCAGCUUUACCAACAACACAAUUUUGCAGUGUCGAUUUACAUGGAUUCUACGAAGGGUUUUUGCUCCAGAACCCACACAGCCAGGAUGUAUGCAACGAAAUCCGGCCGAACAUCCAGAUUUGAUGAAAUUGGAGAUUGUGGAAAUUGAGGAUUUGAAACCAGCGGGACCUCUAAAAGUUAUUUUACUGAAAGAUGUUGAAGGCAUCGGUAAUCAGUUUGAUAUUGUUGAAGUGAAUCGUCGACUUGCACGAACAAAUCUGUUAUUGACGCGAAAAGCAGCAUAUGCUUCACCAUUCAAUUUGCAGUAUUACGGAGAGAUGAAGGAGAAAAUGAAAGAUGAACUGACAAAACGUGUUCGCAUUCCAUACGAUUACAUAUUGCUCGGAAGAGAAUUGAUCAAAAAAAUUAUACCUCUGCGAGUUUCAAUGGAAAAUCCUUGGUUGUUAGACAAAUUGAUUGUUAAAGCUUCUUUGCGGCAAGAGGGAAUUGAAGUUAUAGAUGAUAUGAUUUUCCUCGAAAAUAACAAUUUAAGGGGACCAAACAUUGAAUUGGAAGCCCAUUUGCUACGAUUUUAUGUGGUUGUUUGUAACCAGUAUAUUAUUCCGAUGAUUGGUCGCAUUUGUCACAUAUCAUCAGACGAAAGCAAACAGGUACUUUAUCCUGAAAUAACACGAAUGCCAACUAAGGAUGAUCUCAAAAAGUACAACAUAGUUGAAGAGGAACCACAUUUUAUGGAAAAAGCAGAAAUUCUGGAAGAUUUUGAUGUUGUUGGUAUUAUGCAAAGGAGACGAAAUAGCAAAUAA